UUUCUGCAAUUUCCUGACGACCGCAUUCAGCUCAAGUCACGAGUAGAAGGCUAUGCUAAUUGCAGCAGGUACUAGCGCCGAAAAUGGAGGACGAAUUUCGUGGACGUGUGGUAACGAACGAGGAGCUGGAGCAAUUUUGUAUGCAGCUGGCUGAGUAUGAGAUGCACCAUCAUUGUAGCUUAUAUAAAUACUUCUUCAAUGACCUAGUCUACAUUGUUGAGACAUUGGACAGCACAAGAAUCCUGAGCGAACUGAACUAUCGAAACAUUGUGGACAUGGAGUACUACUUAUCCUUAAAAAAACAGUGUGGAGACUCUGUAUUUUCUGCAAUGUUGAUCCAAGAUAUUUAUGAUUUGGGAAAAGAAGCCGUGAUAGGACUUUGGGGGAGCCUCUUCGCCAUUCAGAAUGAUUACCCACAUCCUAACUUGCUUGGAGUCCUGGAAGAAAUCAGUCGAUUAGGUCCUCUUCUACUGGAACAGAUUAAUUUGGAUGAAAAUGGAGUAGCACUUCCUAAAGACCUGAAAGACAUCCAGGACCUGCAUAGGCAAACUCUCCUGCAGAAAACAGAGCAGCUGGUGGAGCAUCAAGCUCCAGGAUCAUCUCAACCACAACAAAGUUUCCAAAUUUCGGAUCGUUAUUUAGAUUUGAUUGUGGUGUCUAGCAAACAGUUCAGAACACGCAACCAACAUGAAGUUAUUGACACUGGAGGAGUGCAUGAGCAUUAUUUGAAAGCAGUCCAUAUGAAGCUGGAGCGGAUUUCCCCAAACAAGCUUUUCCGUUGGUGCCACCGAUCAUCAUGUAUGCCACAUUCAGUGCUAGUUAGUGGAGUGCCUGGUGUGGGGAAAACUACCCUAAUGCAGAAAUUUGUUUUUGACUGGGUAAGGGGGGAGCUCUAUCAGAGGUUUUCCUUUGUCUUCUUCUUUAAAUUUCGGAUGCUUAAUGAACUAAAAGAGUUGAGCUUGGUGGAUUUAAUCCUGAAAGAAUAUCCAUAUCUACAGACCAAGCUUGAAACACUUUUGAGUGACCCUGCAAAUUUACUUUUUAUCUUUGAUGGUCUUGAUGAAAGUGUCCAACAAAUGGAUUUCAGAUCCGAACGCCUGUGCACCAGUCCACAAAUUCAGGAAAGUCUAAGCGUUCUUGUAGUAAGUUUAGUGAAACAGUCUCUUCUCAAGGGCUGCUAUGUCUUAAUAACAAGUCGACCAACAAAACUGGCUUUGAUCGAGACCAAAUACUUCCAACGAGUUUCUGAAAUCAUGGGCUUUUUCCCAAAAGAAAGAAAGUUGUAUUUUGACAAAUUUUUCGUUGAUCAAAAAUUGUCAGAAAUGGCUUUUAAUUAUGUGAGAGAAAAUGGGAUUCUCUAUACUUUCUGCUACAUCCCAUCAUAUUGCUGGAUACUUUGCACAGUACUGUCAACCUGUUUCAAAACUCAAGAAAAAUGUUUUGACAUGUUACCAAAAACAGUAACACAACUCUUUGUGACUUUUAUUGCAAAUAUAUUAACUAAUCACAGCAGGGAUACCAGCCAGGCACAAGCGCUGUUGACGUCCCUUGGAUGGAUGGCCGAAUACGGAGUGAUGGAACAUGUUCUAGCAUUUGAAGCCCGUAAUUUGGACACAUUCGGUGUAAACUAUUCCUCUCAACUGUUGUCAAGUUUUAUGGUUGAGUCAGGUCAAGGUCCCAAUGUGACUGUUUCCUUUUUCCAUCUCACGAUUCAGGAGUUUUUGGCUGCCUUAGUUCAUUACCUUGACUAUUCUCAUGAGAAGUUGCAGGAAUCUCUAGAUAAAGCCAGGCAUUUCGAAGAUGGCCGUGGUGAAAUGUUCCUUCGUUUUCUCUGUGGACUCUCUGAUAGUAACACCCGUGCAGUCUUACGACAACACUUAGGAGAUUUUUCCCCCAAGACGUCAGUGGAUGUCAUCAAUUGGCUCAGUAACACUUUUAGUAUGAAUGUGAGACAAGAUAGAGAAAGUGAUGACAAAAGAAAGAUCCUGAAUAUGUUUGCCAGUCUUUUUGAGUCCCGCAACCGGGCAUUAGUGUCCCACUGUCUUGGAGCAAACAAAACAUUCCAGUUCUCUGAAUUUCACCUGGCGCCACUGGAUUGCACUGUGCUGGCAUUUAUUCUAGAAUGUUGCCGGGAUCCAGAACUUGUUGACCUGGACUCUUGUUUUAUUCAGACUGAGGGCUUGGAGAGACUUUAUACCAUCCUACAUAAUGUCAUGGAGCUCAGACUCGCCAACAAUGACCUAAAGGAUACAGACGUGAAGUUUAUUUACCGGAUAUUAACUAAUCCUGCUUGUAAAAUCCAGAACCUGAGUUUGAAAAAUAAUUCAUUUACAGAUGAGUGUUGUUCUACAUUGGCCCCAGCCCUCUAUGACAACCAGUCCCUGAGAACGCUAGAUCUGUCCAAAAACAAACUUGGGGGUCCGGAGUUAGAAAAUUUGUUGACUGUUCUUUCCAACAACGCUUGCAAGAUAGAGAAUUUGUCGUUGAGAGCCACAAAGCUGACCCAUGAGCAUGCUCCUCUACUGGUUUCGCUGAGUGGAAACACUAACCUCACACGUCUGAACCUCAGCUUCAACUACUUUGCAGAUACUGGCUGUGAAUAUAUAUAUGAAUUAAUUCGACAAUCGACCAGUCUCAGGGAGAUCAGACUGGACACAAAUGACUUUAACGAGGAAUCAAUAGGACGUCUGAAGAGUUUACAAAAUUAUCACCCGAAUCUGAAUAUUAUAUUGUGAAGAAGAGAAAUGGCGCAUUCCACGCAGGAAAUCCCAGGACUCAAAACUAUGACUUCUGCUGCACAACUUAAAAUCCAAAUUGCAAAUUGUGUCUAGUAAUGUGAAUACUAAUUUAUUGCACUGAAUGUAUCCUCGUUGAAGAGAUCCAUUGUACACCUCGGGGAGGAAUAAGUGAUUGCGUAAUUUGUGUCAGGCAUCUUACCGGGAGUGGGAGUCCGACACGCAGAGUUAAAGCACCCUUUGCAAUUGUACACAGGCCAAGGGGACUCAAGGUAGAAAUCCCCAAGGCUGUGAACCAAUGCACUGGGGCUGAUAACAACCAGUGCUUCCAGGAGCGAGGUACAGACAAGGGAUAUCCAAAAGCGUAGUCAGGAACGGAACCAAAGGUCAGGACAGGCAGCAGACAGGCAGAUACGAAGGACGAGCAGAGGCUCAAAAACCAGGAGUCAGAAUAACAGCAAACAGGAACAAAUGAUCUGACAACUAGUAUCCAACAGGGCAGGGUUUAUAUCGGUGAAUAUCAGCACAAUCAGGAACAGGUGUGCAAGUCCAGACGUAGAAACUCAGACAAGAACCCAGGAACCACAAGAAAAGAGCCAGAGAUGUGUUGAGUCAAGGGUAAGGUGCCUGACUGGGAUGCAGGAAACCCAGGUUCAAACCCAGUCAGGCCCAAAUACUCACACUGGUGACCCUGACAAUUUGUUUAUUACCCUCCUUUACCAAAUACAUUGUUCUACCCUCCUUUGCUAAAUACAUUAUUACUGAGUUUCUAGACUUGAUUAAAUGUAUGUUUGAACCUCGACAUCUAGUGGGCAUCUGUUAGUGCAGCUAGAUUAAAUUUGCAACAUUACAGGAGAUUAACCUAAUGGAUAUUUAUUGUUGCAAUUUGUAUAUAAGGACUAAGAGCUUGCUCGUCUGCACUCUGUUGCCUGAUUUGGAUCACAUUUGGCUACUGUUUCCAUUUUGAUAAUGAGGGAAGCGCAAUACUGACUUUGUAAACAA